UGGACCUACAUCUGACUACUAUAUCUAUUAUUAUGCAUAAUCACACCUCUUUAUACACGUCUCGAUGCAAUUAGAACCCCCCACACCAUGCAGAUUCCAUCCAACUCACGCGGACCUUCAUUCCUCGCAAAGCUAUCUUCUAUGCUACUCCUCCCCUAGAUGGCAUUGCUCGCUGGUACACAGUCAGCUAGUGGCCAUUGUCAGAAGUCACUCGGUUUGACAUAAGAGGCCUUAGGAUAGAGCAAGAUGGAUCCUUAAAUCGAUGAGGCUGCUCACCUCUUGAACCGGUCAGCAAUUGCGAUGGUGGUGGUCAUGAAAGGUCUCAUACCGGCACCCAAGGGGCGAAUUCGAAACCCCGUUGGGCACAAGUAUCUCGAAGUCUUGCAGCAGACAAAAGGCUAUGGCGGCUCCCAAUCGUCGAGUUCCCCGUCUCCUCCGCCGCAGCAGCCGGGCCUGGAUCUGUUAAUACUGGGCAUCACAUCGGGGACGGCAAUGGACGAUAUAGACUUCGCUUUGUGUCGGUUCACACAGGCAUCCCCCGAGGCCUCCUUGUAUCUCGACAUCAUCCAGUAUGAUUCCGUGGUCAUGCCUUCCAAAAUACGAACCGACAUCCUCUCCAUGCUACGAGAAGAUGCCGCCCCGCCAAGUAUGAUGUCCCAGAUGGAUGCAGAAAUGGGCCAUACCUUUGCGAACGCCAUCCACAUAUUCGCACAUAAGCACGGGAUUGCGGUGGACGAUAUAGAUCUAAUAGGUUCUGGCGGACAACUGGUCACAUUGACGGGCAAGCCCCCGAGGGGACAGCACCGAUCGAAUAUGUGCUUAGGGGAGGGGGCCGUGAUAUCCGCGAAGACGGGUGUCACUACGGUCUCGGAUUAUCGAACGGCAGAACAGGCAGUUGGAAGGCAAGGAGCACCACUAUUUGCAUAUCUGGUGGGGUUGCUCCUACAUCAUCCUACACGGCUUCAAAUCUGCAUAACAAUCGGCGGCAUCACAACAGUAUGUUUCAUCCCGGCGGAUAAUCAGGGGGGGAUCGAUGCUAUGUACGAUUGGGACACAGGGCCCGGAACCAGUAUUAUUGAUUCAGCAUUCCGGCACUUUGGAUAUGAUCCAGCAACCGACCAAGGCUCCUCGUUACUACACGGAGAGAUAUGCCACGAAGUCGUCCACGAGCUCCUCACAAACGAUGAUUACUUGCGGGCGAGGCCACCCAAGACAACGGCACGAGAGAUCUAUGGAGAUGCGAUGGCCCAGAGGAUCAUCACGAUGUGCGCCUUCCGAGGCUGCACCCCCGCCGAUACGAUCGCGACCAUGACACGCUUCACGUCGGCGAGUAUCGCGCAGCAGAUGCUGAUGUACGGACCCGGCCGCGAGGCCAUCAACAACGCCGACAUCGUGCUCGACGGGCGCGGCAUGUCCAACCCGCAACUCAUAGCUGACCUGCAAGAUACCUUUCCCGGAGCGAGAUUCGGCUCCUUUGACAAGACGGGCGUGCCGUCAAACGCGAAGAAGGCGGUGGGCUUUGCCAUGCAAGCUAUGGAGGCGCUGCUGGGCAGAGCGUUGCCCGUCCCUACGAAUGCGGACGUACGGAGGCCGAACACCAUCACCGGAAAACUGGCGCCGGGAGUGAGAUGGCGAGAGGUGAUCGAGAAGAGCGUCUCGUUUGGUGGGGCGGGGAGGGGUUGGGAGGGCCUACCGGAAGUGAGAGAGUUGAUUGUCAAGCAGAAGGGGUAGAAGGUCUGUCUACGCAUGGGCAGGUGCUGGUUUCACGUCUCCGGAUAUUCCGUUGGAGUACAGGAGCUCGAGUCUUUGGCAUACCCCUUACUCCGCUGAUGUCCCACGGAGACAAAGACAACCGGUUCAACCGCGCGUCUCUGGAGACGACGUCUCUCCCCAGCGGAAGAUGAGGAAGUAGAUGCGAGCACCAAUCGAAUCAAGUGACCGAGCGAGCACACGAAAGCAUUCCAAGAAUCGAAAUCCAUGGACAAGGUAUUCAAGAGGGGAAGGGAUCAGCAAACAGCAGGUAGCACUAGACUCGUUCCCCGAGAGCGCGGCUCUUCCGAGGUAGAUAGUGUGUAACUACAUGGUCGAGGAAGGUAUCUAUCUGCAAGGACCUUCUAUAUGGAGGAGAGAGAGGUAUCCAGAGAUUGGCAAUUGUAGCUACCUUAUGGUACGAAGACUUGUAGUAGUUGGUAAUACAAGAAGAAGAAUCACUACUAGCACC